GGCGGGCCGGGAGCGCGGCGCGGCCGCGGCGGGGCCGGGGGGACGCGGGGCCAUGGACGAGGCCGAGCCGGGCGAGCGCAGCCCUUUGCUGGGCAGCGGCGAGCGCGGGCGGGCGGCGAGCGGCGCCUUCCAGGGCCGGCGGCUGGCCUGCGCCGCCGUGCUGCUGGCCGAGCUGCUGGAGCGAGUGGCCUUCUACGGCAUCACCUCCAACCUGGUGCUGUUCCUCAACGGGCCGCCCUACGGCUGGGAGGGCGCCCAGGCCAGCCAGGCGCUGCUGCUCUUCAUGGGCAUCACCUACCUGGUGUCGCCGUUCGGGGGCUGGCUGGCUGACGCCCUGCUGGGCAAGUUCGGCACCAUCCUGCUCAGCAUGGCGCUGUACCUGCUGGGCAUGCUGGCCUUCCCCGUCAUCGCCGCGCCGCACACCCGCCAGGGCCUCUGCGGGGACAUCCCCCUGUUCCCCGUGGAGAACUGCUCCUCGCCGGCGGCCAACGCCACCCCGGCGCCCUGCUCCCAGGUGGGAGCCACCCGCUACUGCGCCACCGCCACCUUCGUGGGACUGGUCCUCGUGGGGCUGGGCGUCGGCUCGGUCAAGGCCAACAUCACCCCGUUCGGGGCAGACCAGGUCAAAGACCGGGGUCCAGAAGCCACAAGAAGAUUUUUUAAUUGGUUUUAUUGGAGCAUUAAUUUGGGAGCUAUCCUCUCUCUGGGAGGCAUUGCAUACAUCCAGCAGAACGUGAGCUUUGUGAUCGGAUACAGCAUCCCAACAGUCUGCAUUGGGAUUUCAUUCAUGGUGUUCUUAUGUGGGCAGAGCUUCUUCAUCACCAAACCUCCUGAUGGUAGUGCCUUCACAGACAUGUUCAGAAUUCUCACAUACUCCUGCUGCUCCAAGAAGACCCACGGGGAACACUCAGCAAACAGUGAAGGCCAGGGAGUGCUGCACCCGCCUCGCAAGCAGAGCCUUUUCGAGAUGGCCAAGCUGUCUCGGGGGGGGCCCUUCAGAGAAGAUAAGGUGGAGGAUGUCAAAGCUCUUGUCAAGAUUAUCCCUGUCUUCCUGGCUUUAAUACCUUACUGGACAGUGUAUUUUCAAAUGCAGACAACAUAUGUAUUGCAGAGUCUCCAUCUGAAAAUUCCUGAGAUCUCCAAUGACACCAACUCCAUCCACACGUUUCCAGCAGCCUGGCUGACCAUGUUUGAUGCAGUGCUUAUUCUGAUCCUAAUACCCUUAAAAGACAAACUGGUGGACCCCAUUUUGAAGAGGAAUGGCUUGCUGCCAUCCUCGCUGAAGAGAAUUGCAGUUGGAAUGUUCUUUGUGAUGUGCUCUGCCUUUGCUGCAGGAAUUCUGGAAAGCAACAGACUGAAAAUUGUAAAGGUUAAAACAAUUAACCAGACAAUUGGGAAUGUUACAUACCAUGCUGCAGAUUUGCCAAUCUGGUGGCAGAUUCCUCAAUAUGUGCUGAUUGGAUUCAGUGAAAUAUUUGCAAGUAUAGCAGGUCUAGAAUUUGCAUAUUCAGCUGCUCCCAAAUCCAUGCAGAGUGCCAUCAUGGGGCUGUUCUUUUUCUUCUCGGGGAUUGGCUCGUUUGUUGGCUCUGGACUGUUGGCACUGGUGUCUAUUAAAGAAAUUGGCUGGAUGAGUAAUCACACAGAUUUUGGUAACAUUAAUGGCUGCCAACUGAACUAUUACUUCUUUCUGCUGGCUGCUAUCCAAGGAGCCACCCUGCUGCUUUUCCUGAUCGUUUCUGUCAAGUACGAGCACCACAAGUCGAAGGCGAGCGAGGCGGCUGCCAACGGGAGGCUGUGAGCCCUGGCACGGGCAGCCCGUGCCAGCAGCAGCAGGGAAGGGGCAGGGGGAGCUCCGGCUGCCCAGGGACCCUGUGCCACGGGAAGUGCCUUAUGGCAGGGCUGCUCCUGCACGGCGUCCUGGCACAGCACAGCAGCCUGCCGUGAGCGCGCCGCAGCGCUCCAGUGCUCUCUGCUCCUGGGGACAUGUUCCCUGAGCUGGCACUGCUGCAAGGGCUGCAGCACCUCCUGCAGCACCUCCUGCAAGGGCUGCAGCAACUCCUACAGCAACUCCUGCAAGGGCUGCAGCAACUCCUGCAGCACCUCCUGCAAGGGCUGCAGCAACUCCUGCAAGGGGCUGCAGCAACUCCUACAGCAACUCCUGCAGCAACUCCUGCAAGGGCUGCAGCAACUCCUGCAGCAACUCCUGCAAGGGCUGCAGCAACUCCUGCAAGGGCUGCAGCAACUCCUGCAGCAACUCCUGCAAGGGGGGUGCAGCACCUCCUGCAAGGGGUGCAGCAACUCCUACAGCAACUCGUGCAAGGGGUGCAGCAAGUCCUGCAGGUGGGGUGCAGGGCCCCACCCGGGCUCUCUGACCCGCUCUGAUCCACGGAAACGCUCGGCUGGCCAAGCCGACCCCGAGGACACAGCACAGAAACCUUCGACAGGAGCCUCAAGCAGUGCAUGGCUGUUCAGUGCUGGGAGUCAUUUGGGGGUGAGAAACAAAUUCAAUUACAAAUUAGCACAGCUUAAAUUUUAUAAUUGACCUGUUACUGACAGCGCAGCAAGGAUUUCAGUCCAGGCUUGCAGUCAGGAGGAUCCAGGACUGAACCCCAAACCCCAGGAGCUGCUCAGACAGCUGCUGCAGAUUGGUGCACAGUUAACACUUGUUGGGAUUGAAGCUGUUUGACUGCAGCGGUGCUUUUAUUUUUAUUUUUGAGACUGCAUUAGAUGUGUUAGGACAACACCCACCUUUGGACAAGGCCUCGUUCAGUCUAACACUGUUACUCCCCCAAGGACUAUUCCAAAUAUUUGCAGGAAGCAAAGCGAGGUGGAAUUCUGAGCAGAUCAAUGCACAGUAACCAUUUAGCAGCCUUUAGCCAGGUCCUUCAGUCUUGUCUUACUUUUAGCUAACGUGCUCCAGGGUUUGGAUCUUUCAGCAAUACAUUACCCCAGCAGAGCAAAUGGCUUUAUAUUCAGCCUCUUGAAUUUUAAUGAUUCUAACUGUACUUCAGAGUGUGUGCAGACUGGUAUGGAAGGUGCAAGGAAUUAUGGAGAAAGAAAAUAAAACUUUUUUAUUAAUGUGUUGAAUUUUUAUAGUUUCCUUUGUCUGCAGUUCUGUUGUUUAAAAUGUCCUUAUUUUGUACAUGGACAUCUUUUUAAUGAGUUUACAAAAUAAAAUGAACCUCCAUGCUGUGA